AUGCGACCUCUUCCCCUGAUUGUGGCUCUCCUGCCUUCUCUGGGUGGAGCGGUCAAGUUCGAGCUCAUCAAGGGCACCUGCGACACUGGCUUCCAUCCCUCUGUCCCGGGAUCGUGGUCCUAUGGCACCAUCAAGCGCGUCGGCGACGACGGCUGCAAGGGCUGCAACCUCUCCAUGGAGCGCAAGGACGGCGUAUGGUAUGGGCGCAGCCCGUGCAAUCCCUGCGACGGCGGCAUAAUCUACGAGUUCGUGCCCAACGGCAGCGGGAGGAACAUCUACCGGGCGGGAAAUCGGAACAAGAUCAUUGGUCAUUGUGAGGGGCGAAACGGUCCCGCCUCGUACUGCAACGGUUGGAACUUUGCUUGUUCGGGCUCGAUCCAUUACCUCUGCUCGGUUGACGAGUGCUAG